UCCCCUCCGCCGGGGCCGGGGCGGGGCGGGGGGCGGUGGCACCACGGUGGGGUCCGCCGCGGCCGGGACGACCAUGGGCAGGAAGCGCAAAGCGUCGCCCCGGCCUGCGGCUGCCGCCAGCAAGAGGCGGUCCGGGAGGCUUGCGGCACCGCGGGGCGAUCCGGAGGAAAAGGAGGAGGAGGAGGAUGAUUUUGAAGAGAAAAAGCCCAGAAUAAAGAAGAAGGACUCAAAAGCUCCAGCUAAGAAGAAGAAAGAAAAUCGUGAUACUGGAGGUUCAAACUCAACAAAUAAACCUUCAAAACAAAAAGGGGCAAAAUCACUGAUAAAAGAAAAUAAAAAAACCCCUAGAAAUAAAGAGAAUCAUUACAAAGAGGAAGCGUGCAGUGACUUGCUGAAGCCCCCUCAGAAGGAGAUAAAGUUGAAGAGAGAAUCUCCUGUUAAAAAAGAGAUGGAUGAAGACAAUGCUGAUGAUGACGAUGAUGAUGAAAGUGAAGAUGAAUGGGAAGAUGUGGAAGAACUCCAGGAACCUGCCACAGAUAAAUUAGAAGCUGCCGUUCUUCCGGUGUUGCCAAGCAACCCUGUUGAGAUAGAGAUUGAAACCCCAGAGCUGCUGAAGAAAAGAGAGAGGAGAGAAAAGUGGAAAGCUGCGUUUGAGACAUAUCUUCGGAGAAUGAUGAAGCGUUUCACCAAGGAGGUUCGUGAGGACACACACAAGGUUCACCUCCUGUGUUUAUUAGCAAAUGGCUUCUACAGAAACAGGAUCUGCAGCCAGCCAGAGCUUCAUGCCAUUGGCCUGUCCAUCAUCCCCACUCACUUCACAAAAGUGCCUGCAGACCAAGUGGACCUUCAGUACCUUUCCAACUUGGUGAAAUGGUUUGUUGGAACCUUCACUGUCAAUGAUGAGCUUUCAACUGAAAAAGGAGAGUCCCUUCAGUCAACCUUGGAGAGACGCUUUGCCAUCUAUGCUGCACGGGAUGAGGAAGAGUUGGUUCAUAUAUUUUUAAUCAUUCUGCGAGCGCUACAGCUGGUGUGUCGCCUCGUGCUGUCUCUUCAGCCUGUUCCUCUCAAGGAGACAAAAGCAAAGGUAGGGAAAAGCUCAUCCAAGAAGCAGUCUCUCAGCAAUACCUCUGAGGGGCAGAAGAGCUCUGCCACAACGCCCAAAGCUGUGGCCAAAAAAUGCCCCUGCAAAAAAGCCAAGCAGGAUGAGAAAUCCUCAGAGGGUGAAGAAGACAACAAGGAGUCAAAGAACCUCAAAACUGCUCAGCCCAAAAGGCCACACAAAUCAAAGGUGACUGAAGGCAGCCAGGGACAGAAGGAAUCUGGUGAUGGGGAGAGCAGUUUAGUGGAAAAAGAUGUUCCAGUCAGGCCCAAGAACGAUCGCCGGAGACAAGUGGCCUCCAAAGUGUGUUACAAAGAAGACAGCAGCAGUGAUGAGGGCAGUGUGUCAGUCUUUGAGCUUUCAGAGGAGGAGAGCGAUCUCUCUGAUGAGGAUUUUGAAACUGUCUCUAAAAGGCAGAGGAGAUCACUGGGCUCUCAGAAGGCAAAGGUAACAGCUAUAAAAAGCCCCAAAGCUGAGACUUCAGAAUCGAGGGUAUCUCAAAGUUCAUCUGGAGCUGAGCCUAAGCCAGCAAAAAGUCCAGCUCCAGCCUUGGCUCCUGCAGCGAGAAAGAGGAACAAAAUCAUUUCUAGUGAUGAGGAUGGUGGGCAGCAGGAGGUAAGGAAAGCAACGGGCACAGACCAGUGGCUGGAGGUUUUCCUUGAGCCUGAGGACAAGUGGGUGAGUGUAGACUGUGUUCAUGGCAACGUUGGCCAGCCCCAGCUGUGCUUCACAUAUGCCACAAAGCCACUUUCCUACAUCCUGGGAUUUGACAAUGAUGGGAGCGUCAAGGAUGUGACACAAAGAUAUGAUCCGGUGUGGAUGACGGCAACAAGGAAGAGCCGUGUGGACCCUGCGUGGUGGGAAGAGACGCUGCAGCCAUACAGAAGUCCCUAUGUGCAAAGAGACAAGAAGGAGGAAAAUGAGUUUCAAGUUAAGCUCCAAGAUCAACCUCUACCAACUGCAAUUGGAGAGUACAAAAACCACCCUCUUUAUGCGCUGAAGAGGCACCUCUUGAAAUACCAGGCGAUCUAUCCGGAGUCGGCUGCUAUCCUGGGGUACUGCAGGGGGGAGGCUGUCUACUCCAGGGACUGUAUACACACGCUGCACUCCAAGGACACUUGGUUGAAGCAAGCUCGAGUGGUGAGGAUCGGAGAAAUGCCUUACAAGAUGGUGAAAGGAUUUUCCAACCAGGCGCGGAAGGCGCGUCUCGCAGAGCCUGCGAACCAGGACAAGGAGGACCUGGCGCUGUUUGGCCGCUGGCAGACAGAGGAGUUUCAGCCGCCUGUAGCAGUGGAUGGAAAGGUUCCUCGGAAUGAAUAUGGGAAUGUCUAUCUCUUCCUGCCAUGCAUGUUGCCCAUUGGCUGUGUGCACCUGAAGCUCCCAAACCUGAACAGAGUGGCGCGGAAGCUGGACAUUGACUGUGCUCAGGCCAUCACUGGAUUUGAUUUUCAUGGUGGCUACUCACACCCAGUCACUGAUGGCUACGUUGUCUGUGAGGAGUUUAAAGAGGUGCUCAUUGCUGCCUGGGAGAAUGAACAAGCAGAAAUGGAAAGAAAGGAGAAGGAGAGGCGUGAGAAGAGAGCUCUGGGGAAUUGGAAGCUGCUGAUAAAAGGACUUCUCAUCAGAGAGAGACUGAAGCAACGCUACUCCAAGACUGAACCACCAGCACCAGUGACAAAGAAGGGAGCGGCAUCCUCUUCUGAAGGAGGAGGUCCGAGCUCAGAGCCUGCAGUAGGGAAUGUGGAUCUCUUCUGGCCCCAGAAUCGCCAGUUGGAGAUGAAAAAAGAAGAGAAGACAACCAGAAAGAGCAAGCGGGAAAGGAAAGGAGAAGAAGCACAUUUGUUCCCGUUUGAGAAACUGUGAGCAGAACAAGCUUUGCUUUUCUGUUCCCAGAUACAGGAGCAAUAGUCACAACAGGUAUCCUUUACCAGUUACUCUUCCUAAGAAGAUGAAGCCCUUUCACUUGUGUUUCUGAGCUGUCAGGGACCAGCCUCACUCAGUAUCCAGAGCUGCUUUUGCUGUCACAGGUGAUGAGAUCCAUCCUUUUAUUCUUAUAUCCAUGGACUUAGAAGAAGCAGAUGUGCAGUGGUACCUUCUGAGAAGAUCACUUUGUGGUGACAGGGUUUUCUGCUCUCUUCUGUAUCACUUGGCACUAAUACCUCUUGUUUCUGAGGCUUUCCUUCCUUUAGCACUGGCUUUUCCCAUUUUUCUCCUUCCCAUUCUUUUCUGCUUGCUCGGGAUGACAGCACGUGGCUGCUGUUUCAUUCUGCAGCGAGCUGGCUACCGAACUACUAACACCUUGUUUGAUUUGUACCUUACACAUCUCAGUGGUGAGGUGGAGCUCUGGUCUUGCUGCCUCAUCAUCACAGAAGGGGAAAUACUUCCCCUGAGGUGUAACAUGCAAUCAGGAGUUGGAGGAAUCUGGAAAUUCACUUCCUAAAGAAUCCCUGCUGUUUGUGAAACACAGGUUUGGCUUUUCAGCCUGCGUCCUCCUUUGCUUUCAGGAACUGAGGAGAGAAGCCCUCUCCUCAGUUCAAACUUAAGGCUUAAUAUGGCUUAAUUUCAAUAUAUACAUGUAUUCAAAUAUAUAUAUACAUGUAUACAGAUGUAUACAUAUAUAUACAUAUAUUCAAAUUACUUCAGUUUUAUCGACCACAUGGGUAUGUUUUGCGGCAAAACCUGUUAAAAUGGCCAAGUGUCACUGGCAGAAACAAAACUCUCUGAAACCAGAGAGUUUGCGUUACCACAGUCCCUUAGCAUUUAAAAGCUGUUGAGAGAAAUAUUACACCUGCACCAGCUUUUCCUGCAGUUCUGCAGUAGAAAUGCUCAUCUGUCUGUUAUAGUUGCACAUAAGUAAGUUACACUGACACUGUCUCUUCAGAAAUGGAGGGGAAUAGUCUAGUUGCUGGGCACUGUCACAGAGGAAAGCUUGACAUCCAAGAAAAUAGCUUAUGCUUAAUUAUGUUCAGAAAAAAGCUUUAUUUUUGUACUGUAUUUGUAGAAUGAAAUAAAAUAUGGAAAAAGA